AUGGAGCCGGGGCGCGCGUGGGGCCGGACGGCCUGCGUGGUGACGGGGGCGUCGCGGGGGCUCGGCCGGAGCCUGGCCCGCCUGCUGGCCGCCCGUCUGCCGCCGGGCUCGGCGCUGCUGCUGGUGGCGCGCUCGGCGGGGCCGCUGGGCCAGCUGGAGGGCGAGCUGCGCGCCGCCCGGCCGGGGCUGCUGGUGCGGGGGCUGCCCGCCGACCUGGGCUCCGAGGAGGGGCUGCGGCGCGCGGCCGAGGCCGGGCGGGAGCUGCCCGGCCCGCUCCAGCGCCUGCUGCUGGUCAACAACGCCGGCUCUCUGGGCGACAUCUCCAAGACCUUCUCUGACUUCACCGAGCCCGGGGAGGUCAACAGCUACCUGAACCUCAACGUGACCUCCGCCCUCUGCCUCACCGCCUCCAUCCUGAAGGCCUUUCCUGCCCAGCCGGGCUUCAGCCGCUUGGUGGUCAACAUCUCCUCCCUCUGCGCCCUGAAGCCCUUCAAGAGCUGGACCCUCUACUGCGCGGGGAAGGCGGCCCGCGACAUGAUGUUCCAGGUCUUGGCGGCCGAAGAGCCGGAUGUGCGGGUGCUGAACUACGCCCCAGGCCCCAUGGACACCUCCAUGCAGGAGGAAGCCCGCACCCUUUCGGCAGACCCGGAGUUGCGGCAGACCUUCCUUCGCCUGCAGGAAUCCGGGCAGCUGAUCGAAUGUGAUGUCUCCGCCGAGAGGCUGCUGGGCCUUCUGGCUGCAGACACGUUUGAAUCCGGAGCCCACGUCGACUUCUACGACACCUAAACAGCUCUCCGGGACCCUGCGUCCGGCAGACGGUCCUUCCUUCCCUCCGAGGCAGAGCUCCACUUCUCAAAAGGGCAGAAAUUAUUGUGUCUUUCUUUAACGAAUGCUGCACUAUGAAGUUGUGUAUCUGAGGUCGCUUGUAGAAGCUUUUUGCACUGUGAGUGUGCCAAAGAAAAGUG